CUUUGUGUUGAGUAGGCGGUGCCGCGGCAACAUGGCGGCCAGCGUGACGGGCUGACAGUGACAGUGGUGGGGACUGUUUGGCGGUUACCGUGUAGCCAAUGCUUAGAGGCUGUGUGUGUGAAAUUAUAAAGUGCUAACAGGUGUGCAGACCGUGCAGUGAGGUGUGGUGCAGGUGUGUGGUGUCCGUGGAGGUGUGUGAGUGCCGCCCGCUCACCACUGCGUCAACACUCGCUAUUUCACUACAGCAGGACAGCCUAGGCCUUCACCACGCCUUUACUACAUGACACUACAGCCACUCGUCCAGCCUGCACUGAGGAAUGAACCGCAAGGAUGGAUGAGAGGCUGGAGUUGAUAUUGGAGGGAAAUGAUGACCGACCAAGUGAUUCCAGCAAUUUGCGAACGGUGGUGAUCCACCGGGGCGAGCGUGGUUAUGGAUUCACUGUAUCUGGUGAAAGUCCUGUCAUUGUGCAAGAUGUGAAGGAUGGAGGACCUGCAGCUCAGGCUGGUGUCAGGAAGGGAGACUCCAUCAUUGAGGUCAAUGGAGCAAUAGUGUCACAGAUCAAUCACAAGGAGGUGGUACAGAUCAUCAAGUACACAGUUACAGAAUCAGAUGGAAGCAAACAAAAGCAAGAUGUUGACUAAAUACCUAGAGAAGCAGCGUCGUGUCAGGGACAGCAUCAUGCAGGAGUUGCAACGAGGACCUUCCAAGGUUAUGCAGAGAAACCUUGAGAAGGAGUUGGAUUCUAUAAACCGUCAAAUAGCCAAAAUACAGGAGGAACUCAAGACAGUGAAAGACAGUGAAGCUCAAUUACACUCGCAAACCCGGUCCUCUCCCCGCUCUCCUCCCCUGUCCCGGCCAUCAUUUUCCCUCCCACACUCCCAUCACCACCAUCACCACCACCAUCCAACUCACUCUCGCUCUGUGUCGGAUAUCCCUCCUCCUCUCCCGGCUCGGAACCGUCCCCUAGUAUCCCAGACCUCAGCCCCUAACAUCUCCACCUCCUCCACCUCCUCUUCCUCCAUGUCCCUGGCCUCCGCUCCUCCCCUCCCACCCAGACUCACCUUGGAGAGGGUCGGGGAGGGAGGCCUUGCACAAAGCCUAGAGAACAUUCCUAAGGGGCAGUGUCUCAGCCAUUCUGCAAGUUCUGUGUCUGAGCCUGGGAGUCGGCCUCCAUCUCACUACAGAGCACGGUCAAGUCCUGAUCCUCUAGGCCUACAAUCCAGUCACGGGUUCCAGAGUGGCAGUGAUUCUGUCAAUGAUGUCAGUGUGACUGGAUCAUGUGGGAGCCGUGGAAAGGUGUCGUCAGCCACAUUUUGUGAUGACACAAUUUCCACUACCACAUCCAUCCAUGAACCUCCAGGCACCCCUCCUCCUCCAUAUGCUUCCACCUCACAGCUGUGUCUUUCUGAUGAGGUGGAUGAGAAUAACAUCAGCAUUCCUGAUGACUGUGAUGGUGGGGGAGACUAUCCACCCACUGCUCCCCCCCUUCCUCCUCCCUCUGGCCCCUGUUUGCCAAGCAGACCCAUCCUCCCGGGCCUGCCUCCUAAAUUGGGUUCGCAUCCUGCCAGCCCUUUCUCUUCACAAGUUACCAGCCCAACCAGCCCUAAUGGACAGGUUGUGUCACCCCCAUGCACGGUGGUCCCGAGUCCCUCACAGCCCAUCCUGAGCAUGGAAGAUGAGGAGUUCUCAGACACAGAGACACUUGAGGACCAUGGCCCAUUCCAGUCCCUUAGCAAGUUAUGGAACCAUAAUGCGUAUCUUGCUGUCUUCAUGAACUAUGUUAUAUCCAACUGUGACCCUUCUAGCCUGUUCUUCUAUGUCAUAACACAUCUAUACAAGGAGGGAGUUGGUAAGGACAUGAAACGAUGGGCCUAUGAAAUCACCUCCAGUUUCCUACUUCCUGGUGCUCCCCUUCGCCUCUGUAAUGUAGAAGAGAAUAUUCUCCAUGAAAUAGAUGAAACUUUACAAAAUGAACUUGACAAAGAAGAAAUACUUCGAAAGGUUUUCUGGAAGGCCCGCAUGAGGUGCCGAGAAGACCUAAACGAGCAGUUGGCAGACUUUCGCAACAAGCGUAGUGCUGGUUUGGGCUCUAUAUUUGGGCCAGCUGACCACCUUCUCGAAGAAAGCAAAUAUAAUAAAGCCAAAGAAUUACAGAUUGUAGAGCAUCUUCUUGUGCCUUGUCUGGAGAGUGUGUCUGAUGAUUUGAAGAAUGCUACUGACCAAAUGCUGGUCACUGUCUCUAGUUUGGCCACCAUUCUGUUGAAGUAUUACAUGGUGCGCAGUCAGCAGGCCCAGCAACUCAUAGACCGGUGCCCUCUCUAUGUGAGCAAGGAGCGACCCCUCAGAACUAAGAUCUUUAGGGGCAACAAGAAGCAAGUGUUUCGGGACCACCACUUCAAUCAACACACAUACUAUAGUGUGACCUAUUGCAACCACUGUGGCCUCAUUAUCUGGGGUAUUGCUCCCCAGGGCUACCAGUGUGCCAAUUGUGAGAUGAACAUUCACAAGUCAUGUGCCAAGCAAGUAGAGGAGGUGUGCAUAGGGCAGCUGCACAAAAAAGACAGGAGUCGGGACACAAGAUUCAGUGCCAUCCUUGGGAAGAUUAUAUCUGAUGAUAAGGAGACAAAACGUAAGGUCUCACAAGUCAAUGCUGCACAUAACAGUACAUUCUAUGUCUCGGCUGUGAACUCUCCUGCGGGCACGUUAGUUGAUAAGGCGCGGAAGGGCUUCGAGGAAGGAAACACCGAUCAGUGCGGGCUUGCGUCUGAGACCGACAACUAUACAGGGGAGAAAGGGAGCAAUACGGGCGCAGGUGGGGCUGGAGUGGCAGGACUCUCCAAUCAUGCUUCCUCCCCUGCCUCUACCACUUCCCCUGCCACCACCAAUCACGCCCAGAGCACCGCCCAUCCUGGGCUCGCCUCCGCCUCUGCCAGUGAUCUGCACAACAACGGAUCUGACGCCCAUGAGGAAUAUGGCUCGCCGGACCCCGCCUCGCCGGGCUUAGGACCACCUGACCCUUCACCUCCGGUGAAGCAUCAUAAGAAGAAGGAAGGACAAGUCAAUCGUUCCGAGAGUCUCAAGGAGAAACAGCCAAGACGGAAACGAACGAGAGAAAACCGAAAGCACAGCGACCCAAACAUUCCCACCUCUAAGUCUGGCUCCUCGUCGGUGGCGCUGCCCCACGCCACCUGGGAGGUGCAGCCCAUGGAGACUCGGAUGGAGCGGAACGCCUCUUUCACCACCUCCACGCUAGGCAUCGGCUCGACAUCUCUGCACGAUAGCCGUCGCUGCUUCUCCGAAAGUGAUGUGGAUGCAGAUUCCAACCUCAUCCCAGAUAACUCUGGUAGUUCAUCCAACUCAAGUCUUUCACCUAGCCUAGAGAGCCCCAGUGCCUCCUUGGAGCACGUGUCCCGCGAGGCACCCCUUCCUGCACCAGUCUUGGAGAAUGACUCAGACAUUGAGUGUGAAGUUGACCUUCCUAACUGGCAGAAACUGGUGUCUAGUGAUGAGAUCAAGAAGCUCAAACCCAAGGAACGUAAAAGACAGGACACUGUCAGUGAACUGUUCCACACCGAACGGACGCACGUACGGGUUUUAAAGGUGCUAAAACACCUUUUCCAAGUACCGAUGUCAGAAGCAGGUCUACUAUCCAAACAGCAGUUGGACUUACUUUUCCCAAACUUGGAUGAGAUCCUGGACAUCCAUGUAAAGUUCAAUCAAGCCAUGAAGCAUAGAAGAAAAGAGGAGCCUAUCGUAUCCAGAGUUGGAGAUGUUCUCAUAAGCAUGUUUGAUGGUGAACAGGGUGAUCAUUUCCAACAACAAGCAGCAGAGUUUGUGCGGUCGCAGAUCACUGCCCUAGAGAACUUGAAGCAACAACAGAAGAGAGACCAGAGGUUAGCAAACUUUCUACAAGAGCAGGAAAACAACCCAGUAUGCCGGAGGCUUCAGCUGAAGGACAUGCUACCAUGUGUUGUCCAAAGGUUAUCAAAGUACCCACUGCUAAUUGAGCAGCUACUGGGCUAUACAGACAGUAGUGCUCAACCUGAGGAAUAUGAGCAACUCUCUCGGUCCCUGGAAAGGUCUAAGGAAAUCUUGGCAUUUGUAAACACAGCUGUGCAGGAGGCAGAGAACAGUCAACGGCUGCAUGAGCUACAACGCAAGUUGGACCAAUCAUCACUUGCCAAAAACAAGCAUGGCCACUUAGAGGAGCUGAAAGGGCAUCUGGAACUGACCAAACACAGACUAAUCUAUGAGGGACAGUUGACGUGGCGAGUGGCAAAAGGGCAGAAGAAUAUUGACCUGCAGGUGCUGAUGCUGGAUGAGUUCAUUGUACUACUACAGAAAGCUGAUGACAAAUACAUUCUCAAGAACCACUCCAUUAGCAAGUCCCCAGUGAAGGAUGAAAACAAACUGACUCAUUCCCCAAUAAUCAAAUAUGGCCCAUCCAUGCUCUUCCGUGCAGUGGCCACAGACAACUGUGCUUUCUUCAUCGUCACCACACAGACAGUAGGACCACAUAUCUAUGAGCUGGUCGCCUCAUCCCCUAUGGAGCGGAAAGUAUGGUUUCGUCACAUCCAGGAGGCACAGGAGGCAUACACAGCAAGAGAAGGGAGGAACCGCCGCACACACCCACACACACCUUUGCAGGAUCCUGAUGACUCCACACCUACAUCCUCUGAUGCUCUCAGAGAUGUUGAUGAUGGAGUGGAAGUUGAUGGAGGAGAGGCUGCAGAUACCACUGCUGAAAGCCUUGUGGAUAGCAAGAUUCAACCUCAACAAGGAGCAGCAAAGUCCUUAGGAUCAUCAGGAAGGAUUGAAGAGUUACCUGCUCCUGCCAUCCCUGCCCAGCCUCCAGCUUCACCUGAAACACUUCUUAAGAAGACAGCAGAGGCGGGCGGGUCAGGCAGCAGCGGCAGCGGCCAAGGCAGCCCCUCUCCCACGGCUGGCCGGAGCCCUGCCUCUGGCCGCCGGCUCCAGGAGGUCCAGAUCAUCCAGAUCGUGGAGGGCCCAACACUCAUCCAGCCCUCGGAGGUGAAGGUUUCUCAGGGAGUGGUCCUCUCUGCUGAGCCGGUCCUCACUCCCAUAGAAUUGUUACGGCGUAAAGAUCUCAAGAUCCGGCAGGCUCUGGAGGAAAAGCAACAGAUCAUUGCCAACAUCCUGAACAUUCCUUAUGAGGACUUUGAGAGUGUGGUGGACAUGGCAGGUGAGCCAGCAGUAGGCAACAAAGAGCCAAAGGAACUGGUGUUGGCAGCAAUGUUUCAGGCAAAGUGUCUACAAGAAAGCCUCAAUGAAGCACUUAACCUCACUGAAGGGGACAUUGUAGCAGCACGGGCCAAUGAAGGGAAAGCUACUGGAACACCUCUGUACCAGGCACCCAUGACCAAACUCAUGAAUAUUUCUACUACACUAUCCCAGCAACUCUCUUCAUUAUUGAAUCUUGUCUCUGAGAGGGAUGAUGAGAGAGAACGAAUGAGAAAAGAACUUGUUGCAUCACGGGAGCGUCUUCAUCUUUUACAUAUGCGCCAAAACUCUGCAUCCAAUCAGACAGUAGCGGCCAGCAGCCAAACCCCAUCCUCUUCCACUCAGCCCACAACCUCCUCCCCUUAUACAUCUCGGCCAAGUUCCUUUGUGUCUGUGACAUCCUCAGUGGCUGAUCAUUCCGACACCAGCCUACAGCAUGACACUGAUGAGGAUGGGACUGAGGUGAGCAAGGGAAUUGGUAUCCAACAAGAGGCAAGACCUUCAGAUACAAGAGAGGAACUACUACCAGAGAAUCUUGAAGAUACGGGAAGCAGAUCAGAAUUCACAGAUACCAAACCUAAAGAUGCAGAGGACUCUGAGGGACUGCAGGAGAAUGAGGAAGGAGCAAGAGGAAAUGAGGAAGUGAGUGCCACCUGAGAAAGCACACCUGUGGAUGCAGUGUGAGUGAUAUCCUUCUGACUCUUGCUAAUGUCCUCUGCUGCUGCAUUGUUUAGGGCCGGUGAAAGAUUGCAAACCCCUACUGGUCCAUCUUCCUGGACCACUGGUGGUGCUCUGCUGAAAGUCCACUCAGGUGAGGCAGAAAUUGUCUUGGCACUGCUGGAAUAAGAUAUGUGCAGAAGGGACAGCUUUGGUCAGGGACCUAAGCAUAGCAACACAAAAAAACAUUUAAUUUUCUUUGUAUAAUAUGUAAAUGAAAAGAUUUUAAUUAAAUUGUUUUAAUUAUUAACUCAAUAUCCAAGGUGAUUGAGUGUGUGCAUGUGCAACAUACAACUCUAGGCUGGCUGGACACAGCACAUGUGUGACAAAGCAGUAAAAGUGUACAUACAGUGAGGUGGAGUGUGGUGAUCCUGGGGCUGGAGCUCCUGCCUGGUGCAGGGUCAUUCUCCAAUGGGUGGUGCAGCACACCCAAGUUGGCUCCUAGUUCCAAUUGAUCAUCAACCAACAUAGAUUUCUGUAGCAUGUGGAGAAACAAUUGUAAGGUUGUAAUCUGUGAUUCCAUGAAAGUGAUCUUAGAAAGUCAUAUAAUUGUUUGGUUGUAACUUCUAUUAGUGUCAUAUUUGUGUAAUACAAACCUCAUUUAUGGAUCCUCUUUCAAACUACUUAACAUACUUUUUCUAACCAUGUCUGAACCCCCACAUGCUACAGCUCCAGGUUUGCCAAAGUAAGAUAGGGAUUCCCAUGAUAGGGAAAUACCUUAGUCAGCUUUUUCACCAAAUGUUUGUUGUACUUUGUUCAAAUAUAAUCAAGUCACCUGGUGUACAUUGCGUUCCUAGUCCUUUGUGUUGCGGAAAGCUGCUGUCCUGCUGAGCCAACGUGGACCAACGCCAGACUCUCAAGUCACUACCUUAGGAUACCUGUCAUGUACCUCCUUGUGGGCAUGUCACCAGCCUGCCUCAGACAAACACCCAUUUUGAGCAUCAGUGUAUUAUUCACUCUGGAAAAUCCUUAAUUGUUUCAUGACUGAACCCAAAGUCACCAUCCAUAUUACUACCAGAUUAUUCCAUAAUAAUGUUGCCUUGUGGAUGUUCGUUUUCAAUCUAGACUACAAUUUGUUAUAAUUAUAACUAACAUUCAUUCAUGUCUCAUAAAAUUAGUUGUUUCAAAAUAUGUGUCCCCAUGGUAGUGUUUCCUAUUGUGGAGGCAAAGGUGACCCAGGGUGAGGGAGUUGGGAUGAAAAUAGGAUCAGGAGAAGAGAUAAAAUCUACUGUCCAAGAGGAAGUGGAGGCUGCUCUCUUCCCUGCAACUUUACUGGUCAAGGCUUAGAGUUGUCUAUCCACUGUCUCAUUUUUUGUUGGAAUUGCCUCUGCUUUCAGUUCAUGGUGGAUAGAGGUCUUUCUCCUUUAAUGAAAUGAUGGUGAAGAUAUAUACCUUCCUUCUUUCCAACUGGAGGGUAACAAUCUAUCAAAUUACAUGAGAGGGUGUUUGUUCUUGUUUAUUUGUAUGUACAUAUCUUUGUUGCCCAAGUAUUAUGGGUAAACAGUAAACACAUUACCACAAACAGUGAUCAUUUGUAAAUUGUAAUAAUGUUAUUGUAUAAUCAAUCAGCAUAAUGUAUAGUGCAGCCUAAAUGCAUAAAUAAUAAAGAUAUGAAAUAUU